AAGAAGUGACUGAUCACGGGCUAUUCGAAAUAUCGCGAGACUUCCCUCCCCACUCUGUUCGUGACCACGGCAAGGGAACCCAGAAGUUAGAAAUCAUGGCGGAGCGCAGGAGACACAAGAAACGAAUUCAGGAGGUCAGUGAACCUACCAAGGAGGAGAAGGCGGUGGCCAAGUACCUGCGCUUUAACUGCCCCACCAAAUCCACCAACAUGAUGGGACACCGAGUGGAUUACUUUGUCGCCUCCAAAGCAGUCGACUGUCUGCUGGAUUCAAAGUGGGCCAAAGCAAAGAAGGGCGAGGAAGCUUUGUUCACAACCAGAGAGUCGGCGGUGGACUACUGCAACAGGCUUCUAAAGAAGCAGUUUUUCCACCGAGCCCUGAAAGUGAUGAAGAAGAAGCCAGAGAAAGAUGUAAAGAAAGAGAAGGAAAAAGAGAAAGAAAAAGAUAAGGCUAAAAGUGACAGCGGCAAAGAAGAGGAGAAAAAAAGCAAAAAGGACAAAGACAAAAAGAAGGACUCUGAGGCUACGGACACAAAGAAGGAAAAAAAUGAUGACAGUCCAGGAUCUCCAAAGAAGAAGAAGGAUGUGAAAAAGAAAUUCAAGCUGGAACCUCAUGAGGACCAACUGUUCUUGGAUGGCAAUGAGGUUUAUUUUUGGAUUUACGAUCCAGUCCACUUUAAAACCUUUGCCAUGGGCUUGAUUCUAGUCAUUGCCGUCAUCGCAGCCACUCUGUUCCCGCUGUGGCCCGCUGAGAUGAGAGUUGGUGUGUAUUACCUGAGCGUGGCAGCAGGAUGCUUCGUUGCCAGCAUACUUCUCCUGGCCGUCGCUCGUUGCAUCCUGUUCCUGAUCAUCUGGCUAGUGACCGGCGGCCGUCAUCACUUCUGGUUCCUACCCAACUUGACAGCCGACGUGGGCUUCAUCGACUCUUUCCGCCCCCUCUACACGCACGAAUACAAGGGUCCGCGCUCCAGCUCCAAGAAAUCCAGCAGCGAGAAAUCUGACAAGGAUUCAAGCAAAGCGCAGAAAUCAGAUAGCGAGGACAAAUCAGACAGCGAGAAGAAAGACGACGAUGAGGAAGAGGAUGAAGACGGCAAUAAAGAAAUGGAGGCGAGCGAGGAAGCGGGCGCAGAACGUCAGUCGGACACGGACAGUGACAGACGGGAGGAUGAAGGGUCGCAGCACAGCAACGGCAACGACUUUGAAAUGAUCACCAGAGAAGAGCUGGAGCAGCAUACAGAGGAAGAGGAGGAAGAAGACGAGAAAGAGCACAGUGAGACUAAGCCCUUGACUGUUCAGACAUAAACAUUUUCCUCACGCCGCACACAUACUCCCAUGCUCCAUGUAGACCUGCUGACGUACUUCUGUCAUGUUCGGAAGAUGUUUCCCAUUUCUGUUCAGGCUGAGAUCUUCCUCUGUGCAAACAGACAGACUUAAAGAUUAAACGAGAGCAGGAAACGGCUAUGAUGACAAUGGAAAAUAUCGCAAAGGCUGUUUGGUUCCACUGAAAAUGCUUCCCCCACUAUGGAUGCAAGAACCGCAAGUCUCCCUGACCCCGUGUUUUUCUUUCAUCUUUGCUUUAUCUAAGUAUUUUGCUGUAUAAACACGUCAGUAGUGGAUUGGUGAACUUUCACAAUGGUUUUUCAGUUUCACCCACGUAUAAAGGUUCGCUGUCCAAUCUAGUGAGAGAAAUUCAAAUCUGGAAGUUUUUUUUCGUUUCUUUUCUUUUGUACCGUUGGAUAAUUUGGACGGACCAAUAUAUUUUGUCUUAGAUACCUAAUAAGUGUUACUUUCUAUCAUAAAUCUCAAUGGCACUUGGCCUGUGACAUUUCUGUGUGGAAAUCUGGGAGAUCUUGCUUGGUUUGAAACGAGAGCUGUAUUUUUGUGGACUUGUGACACGGUCUGCCUCAUACAUUUCUGCAAUCACCUUUUGUGACCCUGAUGAGAAAUAGUCCUUGUUAACGGAAACGGACAAGUUAAUAAAUCCGAACAGUAUCCUUGAUUGAAGUAGGCAAGUUAUUUAAAACCAAACUCCAUUUGAGUCUCACGAGGUCGACUGCGUUCACAAGGGGAAACGACAUCCACAUUUGUGCCAAAUGAUGCGGGAUAUUGAUGCUUUUUUCAUAUACAUUCAAAUUCUGACCAACUUCCAGAGAAAUAGUUCAAACAUGUCAUGCCGUAGCUCGCAUCCAUGCAUCAUAGCCUCUGGUUUUCUCAUCUGGUCUUCAAACGCUGAGGUUGACAAAUCGUACUUCCCCGUGGGGCUGUGGUCCAAAAUAGCCUGUUAGUUAGUUAGUUCGCGUUUUAAUAGGGCCGAGGUCCAAUACUAUCCUUCUGUAGGGUUGCAUACUAUUGGCUAGAGUAUUAUUUUACAUUAGCUGUUUGUUUUUUUUUUGAGUCAUGCUGAGGAUGAUAUUUAAGAGAUGAAAUACAAAUGUAUCAUUUAUAUAUGGAUUGUAUAAAUCUACCAGAGAUGUUCAUGCCAGCAGUUCAGGUUCAACAGGAACUGUACUCUAUUUUAUAAUGUCAGACACGCAGGUUUUCAUUUUACUGCAUUUUCUACAAAUACUAAAACCACCAGUAAAUGUUUUCGAUGAUGGAAAGAUUGGUUUUGGACAAUGUAUUCGAGACUGAAAACAUCUGUUCAUCUGCAAUGCUUUGACUCUAGUGGUUAUCAAAUGCGCACAAGAGGCUGCAAAGGUGGUUUUUCUAUAUUAAAAAACUGAGAACCCUUGUUAAAGCAUCCCUCAAAAUUCAAGUUCACAAGGAGCAGGGAAACCCCUCGUGCCCGAGUGAACAUCUCUCUUUCUUCUUCAAAUGCUAAGAAUCUUUAACCAUGUCUGUAAGUAGAUGAUCUUGUUGGUCACACUUAGUGUUCCUGUAGAAAUACUAUGUAUGUCCUCACUAUUCUUUGUCAUUGACUUUGAAGACCUGGAUAGACUGGGCAUGACACCAUGUGUGUAUCUAUAUCUGUAUUUUCUUUCUAUGGAACUUCACUCACCUUGGUUUUCUGUCCCAAUGUCUUUGAGAUAAAGAUGCUGAUAUGCCAGAUGAUUUUUUUUUAAUUGGCAGGAAAUUUAAUUUGCCAUUGGCUGUCUGUCAUAAAAUGUAGUG